AUGGAAUCCGGCAAUGUCGUCCAGUCACCUUCAAAACAGGACGACGAGAAAUCUCGUGAUGUGAAACGCGCAGCUCUCAAGAAGCUCAACACGAAUCCCGUUCCGAAAGAAUCAUCGAAACUCGAUUCUUCAUUGAAGCGCCACACUGCUCUAAUUAAACGCAUACGACAGUCUGUGGCCUCUGACAAUCGUGACCAGAUCCUCAAGGACAUUGACUCUCUGUCACUCGAAAAGUACGUUGACGAAAUCGCUGGCGCUACUGUAGAAGGCAUUUCGAGGUGUAAGACAGAGAAGGACGUGUGGAGCGCUGUUGAGGUCAUAUCUGCACUUCACCGCCGAUUUCCCUCUUCGUUUGCGGCAGUACUCGUCCCAUCCUUAGCAUCUGCUCUCAGUAGCCCAUCUCGAGCAAGUUUGUCCAACAUUCCCCCAGAGCAGAGAGAAAAGGAAGACACAUCUCGGGUGACAAGGCAAAGACCUGUUCUGCGAGUGUGCUCCGAACUGGCAUUGGUUGGCGUCAUCAAAGAUGCCCCUAGUCGAAGUGGCGGCGAAUGGAUUAUGAAAGUCAUGAAGGAACUGCUGUCCAACGACCCGAGUCUCUCUUCACUUCCCCUACUAACUACGUUCCUCAAAAGUUAUUCUCAUCCAUUUCUUGGUGUUACUCCUGCCAUAGUUAAACAGGUUUCUGUAAAUUCGGAACCCGGAACGUUGUCCGCCACACAAGCGGUAGAUACAAUGGCCUUUCCCGCUCUGGAUGACGACAUUGGGUUUUUCGUCGAACAGGACAUUCGCGAUCGUUUCAAACGCAUGUGUGAGGGUUAUUUUGAAAGUGUUUCAAAAAAGCUAGUCAUCGAGCACAAACGACUGCAAGAACAAGAUCGCCGUAAUCAUGAAGCAUACAUCCGCUCCGGAGAAAUAUUUGAGGAUCGUCAGCAGGCAUAUGAAAAAAUGACGAAAGGCUAUGAAAAGCUGUUAGCCAGCUGCCAAUCAUUGUCUGAGCUUCUAUACCUACCCAUGCCACCAUUACCUACUGCGUCACAGAAAUCGGACUCGAUCUUGAUUGGGACGAAUAGCACGAGCUCAUUUUCGAACGAUGACGGCGAUGUCAUCAACGCCGCGGGAGGAAAAUGGGAAGAUGAAGAGGAGAGACGGUUCUUCGAAGAUGUCCAGGAUCUUAAAGACUUCGUUCCAAAAAGCCUCCUUGGCGUGGACGAGGGUGAAGGCAAAGAUCAGGAGAGCGAGGAAAGCAAAGAGAAGCAGAAUGAAAGGCACGAACAGGAUAGGGAAUACAUCAAGAAGUUGGAAGAAGAGCUUGAGAAGCUCGCAGAAGGUGGACUACCUGCGGCUUCACAGGACGAGGACGAGGAUGAGUACGGAUAUGUUGUCUCUUUCCGCGGACUAAACACUCAGCAUUUUUUAAGGGCCCCGACACCGGUACCAGGGACUCCGAGGGCCACUACCCCACCCCUGUCUUCGCAAGCACCACAAGGUCCUUCACAACUUCUAACUGCACUUUUGAUUCGGCUUCCCGAUGCCACUAAUCGCGAGCUAAUCGACCAAGCUGCCAUUGACUUUGCUUUUUUGAAUUCCAAGGCUGCUCGUAAGAGACUCGUCAAGUUCUUGAGUCAAGUGUCCAAAAGUCGCACUGACCUUCUACCGCAUUACUCGCGCCUUGUCGCCACCCUCAAUCGAUAUAUGCCAGAUAUCGGAUCGGACUUGAUUUCUAUCCUGGAUGAGGAGUUCCGAUACCUUCAAAGGAAGAAAAAUGUCGUGAAGGAGUUUUCGGAAGUCAGAAUCAAGAAUAUCGUAUUCAUAUCCAACUUGACUAAGUUCGGCGUAGUUCCGACACACCUCGUUCUACAUAUGUUCAAAGUUUGCUUGGAUGACUUCUCGGGAACGAACGUGGACAACAUUGCUUUACUCCUUGAAGGGUGUGGUCGAUACCUGUUGCGAAGUGAAGAAACACGAGAACGAUUUGGUACUAUGCUAGAACUGAUGCGACGAAAGCAAAGCUUGCAACACUUCGAUCAGCGUCAGUUACUUCUUCUGGAGAAUGCUUACUAUCAGUGUAACCCUCCUGAGCGUGCGCCUCGACAGGAAAAGGUCCGGCCACCAAUGGAGCUGUUCAUUCGACACUUGAUCUACGAUGUUCUCGCCAAAAGAACGAUUGACAAAGUGCUUAAGUUGAUUCGAAAACUGGACUGGGACGACGAGGAUGUACGACGCGUUCUGUUCAAGGUUUUCACAAAGCCAUGGAAGAUCAAGUACGGCAACAUCAGCCUAUUGGCUAUGUUAACGUACGACUUGCAAAGAUAUCACCCCGACUUCCCCAUAUCCGUUGUUGACCAAAUUUUGGAAGACAUCAGAAGAGGACUGGAACAAAACAUUUACAGCACCAAUCAAAGAAGGGUUGCAACUGUCAAAUAUCUGGGGGAGUUAUACAUCUAUCGGCUUCUGAGUUCCAGCAUAGUGUUUGACGUUUUGUGGUCAUUGAUUACCUUUGGACACCCUGAUGGGAGAGCUCUACCGAAUCAAUUCUGUCCACUGGACAUGCCUGAUGACUUCUUCCGAGUACGCCUUGUCUGCGUCCUUCUAGACACAUGUGGGAUGUGUUUCGAUCGUGGAACACAGAAAAAGAAACUCGACAGCUUUUUAACGAUGUUCCAAUUUUAUAUUCAUUGCAAGCAGAGUCUCCCUAUGGAUGUUGAUUUCAUGUUGUUAGAUUCUCUUGACGCUAUAAGACCCAAGUUCGAACUGGCCAAAACAAUUGAAGAAGCCGCCGUUGCUGUUGACAACAUGCUGGGCUCAUUCCAGGCAGCUGAUCUGGAUGACGAGAUCGAAGCAGAUGAAGGUGGCAACGACAGUAGCGACGAAGAUGAACGUGUCGAUGAGGAUGAGAAAGAUGAUGAGGAUGAGGGUGAUGUCGUAGCUCAAGAUUCAUUGGAUGGCGAACGGCCACCUUCUCCAGAGCAAGAAGUUGUUCUCUCCGGGAGCGGUACUAUGCAGGAAAACCUCGGUCCCUCCGAAGAAGCUGAUGCAGAAUUCGCAAGAGAGCUAGCCAAGAUGGUUAUAGAUUCUCCGUCAGAAUCUCGGAAAGUUGACAAGAAGACAGCACUCGCGCUAUGGGAGUCUUCGGUGUUGCCAGCAGUACGAAAGCGGCGCGAAGAACCUGAAGAAGCGUCUGAUGUCGACGGCCCAGACAUGAUGAAAUUCACAGUCCUCACGAAGCGCGGGAACAAGCAACAGACUCGGCAACUAGCAGUGCCAUCUGAGUCUGCCCUGGCUGUCCAUACUCGGUCCGCUCAGCUACAGGAUAAGGUAGAACAACAGCAUUUGAAGCGUCUGGUUCUCGACUAUGAACAGCGUGAGGAGGAGGAGGAACUGAAAGGUGCUCUUGGGAAUCGUAUGGGACCUGUCAAGAUACGAUACGCUGGUUGA